AAUGAGGUGCAAACAGCAAAAGAAUUUAUAAAGAUUGUAGAAGCUGCCGAAAAUGAAUACCAGACUGCCAUCAGUGAGAAUUAUCAGACAAUGUCGGAUACUACUUUCAAAGCCUUACGUCGACAGUUGCCAGUUACACGUACUAAGAUUGAUUGGAACAAGAUCCUUAGCUACAAGAUUGGCAAAGAGAUGCAGAAUGCAUAAGAUGAACAUUGCAUGACCGGAUCAUUUUAGUGUCUUUGCGUUUAAAAAACAUAUUGCAAAAGUAUUCAGAACUGUCAAGCUACCCAGUCAGAUGGGCUGUUGCCAUUUAAAUCACUGUAAUUAAUUAGUUUGGUUAGAGCACAAAGCUUAGCUAAUAGACCAUUGUUUUUCAUUUCUUUUGUUCUGAGGAUUGAAAAUGAGUUUAGUUUAAAUGUCUUUUACUUCGUUAUUUCUUUCUUUUCUUACAAUGAAAAGUUGAUUCCUCUAGUUCAUGGUUAAAAGUUUUUAAAAUAUUUCGAAAAGUAUUUUACUUACUAUAAUCCUAAAAUUGUUGUCUUUUGGCUUAUGAAAUGGGUAACUUUUGAUAUUAGCCCAAUUAUUUUUAAUGGGUCAAUAAUGGACAUUCUAGUUUAAGGUGGUUGAUGGACUUAGCCAUAUAUGCUGCUAAAGAAAUUAUCUACCUUUUCCCCUUUACCUUUUCUUCCACUUAUGUAAGAUUGAGAUUAGAAGGAAAGCAUUUUCUAUAUCAAUUGUGUUUAAACCUUUCAGUAAGGUUAUUUAGCUAGCUUAGUGUUUAACUAAACUUUUUUUUAAAUAUAAGGCCAAGGUCUAUUGCUGUUUUGAGUUCUGAAAUUAAAUAAGAAUACUUAUUUCAGAAUGCAUUUAAUCCUUUUUUUCUUGUGACAGUUAUGCAAAUUAGCUUGAAUUCCAUGUCCUGAGUUAUUUUUAUCACAAAGCCACAAUUGUAUUAUAACAAGGCAAAUUGUAAUAUAUAUAAUCCCGAACUCAUGAUCAUGUCUCAGUUUAUUUUUUUCCUUAGAUUGAAAAUUACUGAAAUUCAGUGUGAUAUCAAAAAUGCCAAUUUUCCUAUUGAUUUGAGUAGAAAAUCACUUACCAGUGAGUCUUAUGCUGUUUUAAAAUACUUUGAAUAUUGUAAUUCUUAACCAGUUGUAAAUUAGGAAAACUGGGAUUAAUACGGUAUGCAGUCACACAGUCUCUUAAGUUUUUCCAUCCUCCUAUGCAUCAUAAGCAUGUUUGUAAUAUUUUAAAAAGUAGAUUUUCUGAUGCUACAGGAGUUUCAAGCCUGUGGUGUGGUGAAUGUUAGUAGUUACUAUAAGGAGUUGGUGGAUUUAAUGGUUUCAUUCAGUAGUUUUGCUUCUUAGACUUGAGUGGAAUCCAUUCCUCACGGACUCCUGCAGAUGUCUGGGCCUGGAAAUGUUUUUAAAAAAAACAAAGCAAAAAAACCCCACCACUUUUAUGUAUAAUAAAAUAUUUCAUUAGCUUGAGUUGUAUAGAUUUUUAAAAAUUCUCUCAAAGCAUGUUGUUUAUUUUUAAAAACAUCACUGUUGGGCUUUGAAAGCAUUGAGACCAUAUGAAAUUAUAACAUUUUGACUAAAUCAUUUUCUCUUUAGUUUUAUCAGCUUUGGCAUAGUAGAAUUCCUAGGGAAAAUUAAUUGGUAACAUUAAUUACCUGUUCCCUUUCUUGAAAAAGAGUCAGAAAUUUGAGGUGAUACUGAACUAAGUACCAGAUAAAUUUUUAAUUGAUUAGCUUGUGUCAGUUGGGCUGACAUGGGUUUAUAUCCCAUGAAGGUCAAUUAUUUUGACUCUGUUUUUUAGUGUUGAAUACCUUCUUAACAUAUGCAACUUUUUAAGAUGAGCAUGAGAAAGGUAAGAUUACCAAAAAAUUUAGGACAUAGGCCAAAAUAAUGGUUGUACAAGACUAGUCUUUAUAGUCUACAAAUAGCACUUUAUCAAAGAAGAACGAGAACCCAAAGUAAUGCUAAAGCUCAGGGGUAUCAUUUCAAUAGGAACCAGAAUGGGUACUACAUUGAAUAAUAGGCCAGAGUGUGGAAGCAAAGGCAGAAUUAGGGAGACAAUUGUAGUAGUCCAGUUGAAAGAGAAUGCUGGCCAAGACAGAGACCAGUAGCUAUAGAAGUAAUGAAGUAGUAGGUAAAAUCAGGAAGAUACACAUUAGAAGUUGGUUGUGGAACAUGAGAUAAAGAGAACCUUCAAGGACAUUUGGGGUUUGAUGAAUUGAAGAAGAUUCUGGAAGGACCAAGUAGUUGGUUGUGGGCAAGAGUCUGGUCAGGAGCUCAGUUUUAGAUUUUAUGUGAAAAUAUAUAGCAGUCAGAUAUGGGAUAAAGGAGAUAGAGGAUGCUCUGGUGGGUUAUAGGAAUAGGAAAGUGAGCCUGGGGAACAGCUGGAGCCAGGCAAAAUGAAGAACUACUCCUCCUAGACAUAAUCGAUGUAAAGCUGCGUUAGGUGCAGGCAUGGAGUGUAUAAUCUGAAUUUAACCAGGGUUGUUUCUUUACCCAGAAUGCAUAACCCAGUACAUGAAGAAGACAAGGUUAUAGUAUUGGUCUGUGGAAUUUAAGCUAGAUAAGCAGGGAAGUGAGGACAUGAAAGGGGAGCAUGAUCAGUGGAUUAUAAGGGCUAAAAUGAAGUAGAAAUAAAGGAAGUAAAGUUUAAUGUGGUAUGCUCAACCUUGAUAUUUUGAGGAGUUAACGGUGAUUAGUAUUAAAUGUGACUUAAGGAAGUGACUGGCUGAGGGAGGACAGUAGAGGAGUAUAAACAGUUGGGAAGCCUGGAAUUGGAAAGAUGAUCUCAUGGAUAUUGAAAUCAAGAUUCUUUGGAAAGUCUUCUGACAUAAGUGCUGUUUUUCCAGACUACACAGAUGUUCCUAACUUACUGUGGGGUUACGUCCUCAAUAAAUCCAUCAUAUAUAGAAAAUAUUAAAGAUAAAAAUGCACUUAAUAUAUCUUACCUCCCAAACAUCAUAGCUUACUCUAGCCUACCCCAGACAUGCUCAGAACACUUAUAUUAGCGUAGAAUUCAACAAAAUCAUCUAAUACAAGCCUUUUUUUGUGAUAAAGUAUUGAAUAUCACAGUGUAUUGAAUACUGAAAAUGGAAAAAAAUGAGACUUUAUACCAUUGUGAAGUCAAAAAAACCUUUUUAGGACCAUCUGUACCUGAAUAUUCUGUAUUUCUAUUUCAUUUUUAUGAGUUAGAUAGCUAUGUAACACAGAUAUUCAAGAUUCAUUUGGAAUUUUGGAAACCUGCCAUGGGAACAGAGCUUUAAAAGAAAGGUUGUGGAAAUUCUGGUUCAUUACAAAUGUUCCUAAAAAGUGCAAAUCUCAAUUAAGGACAGUUACAGUUAAUUGUAUAGGAUUUUAGUAGCCUUUUCUGUGUUUGAAAUCAUUUUGAUUUAAGAACUACAGUGAAAGUUUUGAAAUAAUGGAAGAUGUUUUCAAAAGAUCUCUCUUACUGAUCAUUAGUUUGUGCCCUUGCCAACUAUUGGGCAUAAAAUAUAAAGGCACGUUUAGUCAGAAGUUAACACAAGUUUUAUAAUGCAGGUAUGCACAAUCCAAGAAGGAUGUGUAUUUCUAUACUUCUGAGGUGAGUUAUAUGAAAAGCAGAAUCAUGGUAUACUUACUAGUCACAAAUUAAGACUUUGGAGCUUGAAAUUGAGAACUUUUUAAAGGUGGACUUUUGUAUGGGUGUCUCCAAGUUUGAUACUCUUUAGUUUUAAUGUAGGAUUGGGCAGGGGUGCUAUCUAUUGUAGGAUAUGCAAUAUAUUUAUCAGAAUAACCAAUUAAACUUUUGUGGUUUAAUUGAUAACAGAAAUUAAUGUUGGGGUGGAGUUGAAAGGAAAAAUAUCAGUGUUGGGCCAUUCAAGAUUAACCAAAAUAUCCAGUGGACUCUUCUAGGCAUUGUGAGUUAGGUGACUAGGAAACUGUUGCUUAGAGUUCAAACUAGUCAUGGGAACAUAGCAGUGUUUUCCAACCUUUUCACCUCACAACACAUAAAGGAAAUGAUAUUUGUAAGGCACACUGCAGGAAAUGGUAAGUCUGCUUUCCAAUUGCCAGUUGAAGGGAUUAGGAUCUUGGCCCACUUUGAACUCAUUUCAGAUGUGCCACGGAUAACACAUUAAAAUAUGUACUUAUUUUAUAAUUAAGAUUUGUAUAAGACAAACUUCAAGCCUACUUACGUAAGGUACCUUUUAAAAGGUAUUAACCAAAGGAUUCUUUCUAGAAAGGGUAAGCUUAAUCUCUACUUGGGCACACUAAUAUUUUUGUAAGUAUGCAUAUUAAGUAUGAGGCAGGAAAUCCUCAUAUUAGUGAAGUACCAAAAUACAGAUAAAAGGCUUCUAGGAUAGAAAUGUCAUGUGUCAAAAAACUUGAUCUAAGUUUUAAAACACCAUAGUACAAAAUGAUACCACUAAGAUGAGUAAAGUUAAAAUAAGUGUUCUUACAAACUGUAGUAUGACUAGGAAGUUUCUAAAGUCCUGUUAGCCCUGGUUGUGAUAUAACCUAACAAAAGUAUGCUAGUUGGUUUAAUGUCAAGUUUCAUUCUUUUACAUGUGAUUGAAUCAGAGAACUUUUUUGGACACAAAAAAAAAAA